UUUCUUUUGAAUUCGGCUAUGGAGGGUGCCUCUGAUGCCAGCUGCUGGCUUGUGAACUUUUAUCCUUUUAUUAUUUUUGCCUGAUAGUUCAGUAAUGAAACGUUAUGGAUAUUGAGAAAUAAAACAGAAUCAGUAUUCUCUUUAUGCUUUUCUUCUGUUUGGUUUUGUUGUGUUUUGUUUUUGGCUUUUUUUUUGUGUGUGUGCGCGUGCGGUGGAAAAAGAACAGAGUGAAAGAAGCAGCACUUGUUUUUUCAUAAGGAUUGUAUUUACACACCUGAAGUUAACUGAAUUAAUCCUGGCAUCCAAGAUGGACCUCAAAUGCGCUUUGGAAGAGUGUUCCAUGGCACUGAACUUAUUUCUAAACAACAAGUUCUCUCAAGCCCUGGAACUACUUCGUCCAUGGUCUAAAGAUAGUAUGUACCAUGCCCUUGGGUACAGCACUAUUUUAGUUAUGCAAGCUGCUAUGACCUUUGAACAGCAGGAUAUACAAAUGGGAAUCUCUACAAUGAAGGAAGCUUUGCAAACCUGCCAAAGAUUCAGAAAAAGAAGCACAGUGGUGGAAUCCUUGUCCAAUCUAGUUUCUAAACAGUCAGUGGAUCAGUUGAGUGAAGAAGAAAUGCAUGCUGAAAUCUGCUAUGCUGAAUGCUUGCUGCAGAAAGCUGCUCUCACCUUUGUACAGGAUGAAAAUAUGAUCAACUUCAUCAAAGGUGGCCUCAAAAUUAGAACGAGUUACCAAAUAUACAAAGAAUGUCAUCAGGUGCUACAGAUGACUCAGGGAAACAGAAGCAAAAAUGAAACUUACUACCAGUUUGAAGGAGGAGUAAAACUUGGAAUCGGCGCAUUCAAUUUGAUGCUGUCACUUUUACCGGGAAGAAUCCUCCGACUUUUAGAAUUUAUUGGAUUUUCUGGCAAUAGGGAGUUGGGCCUCUGCCAACUACAGGAAGGUGCAUCUGGCAGCAGCUUGAGGGCCAUUCUGUGUACUUUCACCCUGUUGGUUUAUCAUACCUACGUCUCCUUAAUCCUUGGUACAGGGGAAGCCAACCUUCAGGAAGCGGACACUCUCCUUGAACCCUACCUCCAGAAGUUUCCAAAUGGUUCCAUUAUUCUGUUUUAUGCUGCUAGAAUAGAUAUACUGAAAGGAAAUUUUGAAAAGGCGCAGCUAAGGUUCCAGGAAUGCAUUGCAGCCCAGCAGGAAUGGAAGCAGAUUCAUCAUCUCUGUUACUGGGAACUGAUGUGGUGCUGCACCUUCCAGCAGAACUGGCUUCAGGCAUAUCGGUAUGCAGACCUGCUCAGCAAAGAGAGCAGGUGGUCUAAGGCAAUAUAUGUAUUUCAGAAGGCAGCAAUUCUAUGUAUGCUUCCAGAGGAUGAUUUGAAAAGGACCGGUGAGGACAUUGUAUCUUUAUUCAGACAAGUGGAUGGUCUGAAACAGAGAAUCGCAGGAAAAUCUAUCCCAACUGAGAAGUUUGCAGUAAGGAAAGCCCGACGCUAUGCAAGUUCUCAACCAGUGAAGCUGAUAUUGCCUGCUUUGGAAAUGAUGUAUGUCUGGAAUGGCUUUGCAAUUGUGGGCAAAAGAGCAGACCUUACUGAAAACUUGCUGGUAACAAUUGAAAAAGAAGAAACUGCUCUACAAAAUGAAACUGAUCACAAUGAAUACUAUAUGGAUGAUGUGUGCAUGUUGCAGUUACUGAAGGGUCUUUGCUUGAAACACUUGGGAAGACUCCUGCAAGCUGAACUGUGUUUCAACAAAGUAAUUCAAAGUGAGAAGCAAAUAAAAUACGAUAGUUAUUUGGUGCCAUUCACCCUGUAUGAGAUGGGUCUUCUGUACAAACAACAGGAUGAAAGAGAAAAAGCAAUAAGAUACAUAGAAACUGCAAAAAACAACUACAAAGAAUACUCUAUGGAGUCCAGGUUGCACUUCAGAAUUCAUGCAGCGCUUGACAGCUUGAAGGUGUCACCUGCUUCAACACCUUGAAUCAAAAGGGAUGCUUUUAAUCCAUACAAUACAUACAAUAGCAUACACAGUCUUUUUUGCAAUAUUUUUUAAUCAUGGAAAAGAACCUAAUUAUUGUUUUCUGUCAUUUCUGAUUUGAUGUGUGUAAUUCCUUUAGACUGUUCUUUUUCUGUAUAGCUCCUGAACUACAUCUACUUGAUCAUUUACAGAAGACCUUAUAUUUUAUUUGAUAAAAAUAAUAUUUGACUUGAAUAGGGGAUAUUUUAAAAAAAAAGUUGAUGGUGCAAUACAGUUUAAUGCAAACACUUUAUUUUUUAUAUGAAAACAGAUGCUGGUUAUGCAGUGGAACUGGUGAUAAUUUCUGCAUAUUUUUUUUUGAAGUUUGAUUUUCUGCAGUAUGCUUGAGACCUUUCUGCCUCUGGAACAAAAAUACAAUGUCUGAAAAUAAUCUUACCCACAUUUGGCCUACCAUAUUCUGAAAUGUGUGUUCCAGAAGAAAACAAUUCAUUAUCUUUGACUUCAUUUCAUUUUGGGAACAAAAUAAAACUGUCUGAAGUGCAAUACUUUUACCCUGACAGGUAAAGUUAAGCAGGGCUACAGGUAUAAUGUCUUUGCAGGUCUGUUUCACUCAAAAUAAGUGCUUAGAAGGGGGCAUUUUUAAGUCAUAGAAAUAACGGAUUACUGGGGACAUGAAAAGAUCAUCUGUUCUGUAUUUUUGCCCUACAGCAGAAUAGACAGUCUUCUGUUGUUCCUGACAGACUUGUUUAACUUUUUUUUUAGAAAAAAAAAAACAAACCUUGCACUGUGAGAGAUUUUGUAACUUACACAGUAUGUCUUUUCCAGUGGGAAAAGACAGCAAUUUUUUUUUUGUCUAUCCCAAAUAAUUAUUGGCACAGCUGCAACUGAUUGCUUCCCAUCUUCCCUGUUACGAAUCUGGAGAAAGGAUUGUUCUUUUUUGAAUCAUUCUUUUAGUAUUUGAAGAGUAAUCCCUUGUUGGUAUUCUCUCUUCUUCAAUUCCAGUAAAAAUAAAUAUAAAUUUGCAAAAUAUAUGGGAAUAAUGGAAGAUAAUUCAUAUUAAUGCAAGUCGAUUGUGCAUCAAAAAGAGAAUUCACUUUUAAACUAGAAGUUAAGAAAAUGUGCAUAUUCUAAUCACAACUUUCUACCAAAAAUGUGUAGUAAAAUUGAGGUACAUUUGUAAGUGCAUGCAUUUUUCUUUUCAAGCCAAUAUGUGAACAGAAGUGUCAAACUGAGUUUCCUGAUUCAUUAUAUAUGCUGAUCCUGCUAGCUGUCUAUUCUUAAAAGUAAGAACAUACUCUAUUUUUAAAUAUACACUGAAUAACCGUUCUUUCACUAAUUCUUGCAAAACUUGCCAAUUUCCAUUAGUGCCAGUGUAUUUACUUCUGCAAAGUACUAAAGUACUGUAUAUACACAGGAGCAUAGUAACUAUGCUUCUGUAUCUGAUUCUCUGCCCUUAAUUCCCUCCCAUGAAAAAAACAUAACAAAAAUUGGUGAAAUAUGUGUCUUGAGUAAGUGAGUAAUUGAAAGUUUUUAAUUAAACAGUCAAUGUAAUGUAAUGCUAUAGUUAUUAUUUUCAGGUGACUGAGAGCACAGCUUUCUUCUAUGGCUUUAUAAAGAAUGAGUCAUUUAAUUGCAUCUAAACCUGUAAUACAGUGGCAUAGUUACAGGUGAAGUAAGAGUUAAAAGUCCUAGCUAAAUAAAUAUAGUGGGUCAUUCCAAGUGGAAACCUGAUCCAGAGUCAGGUGUCUUCACUGGUUUGGAUUUGUGCCUGUUGUAAAUUCAUUGUGUAAAAUGAUACACAUGUAGGUUUGAAGCUUAGAUAACUAUGACACUGAAUCACUGAUAAAAUGCAGCAUGCUUAUUUAAAAAAUAUAUUCUAUGGCUGUAGCCAAAAUACACAAGACAUUGUCUCUGUCAAUAGAGAUUAGCAUAUGCUACUAACUGACUUCUCUAAUUACUUGCCCAUGUAUACAUAUCUGAUUAUUAUCUGUAGGCAGCAAAAAUAAAAUUCUCUAUAUUUUGAGACAAUACUUCAGAUACCUCAUUGGGUAUUUACAUGUUUGGUUUAGGAUUAUUUUUGUUUAGUAUGAUUAUUGAAUUGUGCUAAGCAAGUGGGACCACUUCAUUUUCUCAUGAAAGGUGGUGAAAACAACUGCUGGUAAAACUUCUGUGGUUUGUAUUGUCAAGUAGUAAUUUACUCUACAGAAGAGGUAGAACUGGGACUACAGACUCUGAAGAUGAAAAAUAAAGUAGUCUCUGAUCUCUUAUUUUUGUGGGGAGUGUCUUACAGUUUGUAUUGUAAGGGUGGCUGAUUUUUUUUAAUGUUUAAUACAAAAUUGUUGGGUAGCAGUGUACUUUUUUCACGGAUAAUAAUAGAGACUGCAGAGAGAGUAAAAGAGAACUGUGGUCAGUUCAGCCUUCCAAAGUCAAUAUUAAUGCCCUGUGGAUGUUACACUUUGUCUCUUUCGAGAUCAGCCUUUUUGCACUCACACAGUGAAGAAGCAUAUCAACACAAAUUUGCAAUACCCUCUGUAGUGUUUUGAUGCCCUGAUGUCCCCAGCAGCCUAAGUACUCUACAGCUUGUCUCCUUUUCUAUGCUGCUGUUCCAAACUUGUUAAAAAGCACUUUUUUCCCCCCCGGCUUAUUAACAGUGGAAAAAAUAAAUGUGCAAGAAUGAGAUGUAACUCUUCACUUAAGGUAGAGAUACUUUGUCUUCCAAACACUGCAGAAGAAGCAGGAGUCCCCCUGACACAGUGUGUCAGUGAUGCAGUGUUAUUUAGUACAUUAAUUUAAGUUAAAAGAAAUGUUUGUGGCUAAGAGUUUGGACAGAAAGGUACUUUUUCUUCCCCCCCCCCUUUUUUUUUUUUUAACCUACUGUAUACUGUACUGGGCCUUAAAUAUAAGUCUGAUGUAGUCUUACUGCUCUUUAUAAUCUUCACCUCACUUGCUUGUGUCCUGUCAGACUUUUGAGUAGUGUGCUGAAGCUUUGAGCUAAAGCUGAACAUCCAUCUAUGAUACUGUAACCUAUUGAUAAUAGUAGGAAUUAUAACAUAUACAAGAGCAAAUCUAAGUUCUUAGUUUAAGCAAACAAGGCUAACCUUAAAUAGUUACAUUAUGAUGAAAGGUCAUUCUGAUCUUUCUGUUAAUAGAUUUAUAUUUUUUUAAGGUGAGGAAUAAUAAAGUAGCCUGGUUAUAAGACAAAGCUUCUCUUUGAUUAAGAAUUGUCUACUUAGAAAUGGUUAUGAAAAAAUUCUUGUCUGUGUGUAUCAUUCAAAUGUUUAAUCUGUUGGUGAGAGACUUGUAUUAUGGUUUUUAAGUCCUAACUCACCACAUUCUAACAAAAAUUUAAAGAAAAUACAUGUUAAAAGAAAGCUGAUUAAAGGUUGUUUUGUAUCUGUUCUAUUAUACAUGGGUAGCACCUGUAUUUAGCACCUUACGGCCAGAAAAAUGUACAGUAAUCAGAUCCUAUUAUGUUUGUAAGACACUUUGCUAUCUAAUGUAUAAAAGAAGUAAUGUUACAAAUCCACAUUAUACUUUGCAAUUAUUUUGUUCCAAACCUUAAUGUUUAAUGUUCUUUUGUUUCUGUAUAUUCCUAUACUGCAUAGUUCAACAAAGAAUGUUUAUAUUUGCAUUGGUGGUGCAGUUUAUUUGCCUCUAAACUCUUGAGGUUUGCACAUGUUCACGUCUGGUACAGUAAAACCAAGGUCAGAAUAAUGGAGGAUGAGGAAGUACCUUUCGGUUUUAAGACCACAUAGAAAUUUUCAUUUUUGAUGCUUUGGAAUGGAUUUUCACUUCAAAGGAAUAAGUAACUUUUAAUGCUUCUGAUACCAAGUGCUGAAUUUGGCACUGUGUUCUAGUUGUGUAUAAAGAACCAUCAGCUGAGAUUUAUCAAAACAGUAUCAACAGAAGGGACCUGACCUCAAGUUUAGGUACACUACCUUGGGUAUGUAGCUCUUUUACACAACCUAUUUAGGCUGAGAUGUUGUAGAAAACUGUGAAGGUCUAGGAGAGAAUAACUGGUCUUUUGAAAUGCAUAAGGCAAAUAUAAAGUAAAGUGCUUUACUCCUGUUUCUCACCAGUGAUCAAAUAAUACUUUUUAGUUUUAUAAAAUACAGGAGUGAUAAGUAAUUAACUCAUUGUCUUACCAGUUAUGUCAUUAAAUUCAGUGAGAGCUACACAUGACGUAUUCCUAGGGUUUUUUUUAAAUUCCAACAGUAAAAACAAGGAGAAAAUUACCUUUUUACAUGUGUGCAGAGCUUGGUUUUAGUAACAUUUAUGAAAGUAAAUGUUCAGAGUUAUUUUUUAAUGUGGCAUGGUCAAGUGUUUCCAUAGUUGCAUGUAAUUUUACCUGACACUUCCCAGCAAGUAUCAACUUAAUUACUAUGGUCUGAAUGGUUAGAAUGGUGGUUAUGGUUAUCAUAAGAACUGAGGUAGCAGAAAAUCUUGCUCACAGGUGAAAGAAUGGAGAUGGUCCUCUAUACUCGUUGCUUGCUAUAAGACACUAAUUUUAUCUCAGUUAUUAGACAUACCAUAGUCCAGAAUAAAGCUUUCUUAGCUAGAUUGGAGUGCUUGCAGAGAAUUUAUUAAAUUGAAUUGAAGAAGGAGAUAGAUUAGAUAGAUAGAUAGAUAGAUAGAUAGAUAGAUAGAUAGAUAGAUAGAUAGAUACAUACAUACAUACAUACAUACAUACUGAAGAGAGGUAUAAGCACAAAUAGAGGAACUACUGCUUUCGUGUAAGCAUUUGGCAGAAAUUAUGUUACAUUUGUAAGGCUGAGCUACAGUAAUCUGAUCACCUCAACACUUGGACUUCCUGUAUUUCAUCCAGGGGAAAGAUACCAGUGGUGCUGAGACCUUAACUCAGAUAGGUUGGUUGUGGGUUAUUUUGUUUGGUUUUCAUUGGGUUUUGUUUGGUUUGUUGUUUGUUUGGUUUUUUUAGAUCUGGUCUUGUUAUUUACUAAUUUUUUUAAAUAAAAUCUGUAGGGCAGUAGGACAGUUUAAUAAAGAAAUCUAAGCAUUGUGGCUCUCAGCUUUGCAGUGUAUAGAAGAGUAGCCUCUGGAAAAAAUCAGAGCCUGUGGCUAGCACAGCAAAUUCAAUGUUUAAUGUAUGUAAAAUUUAAUAUUGUUCUUUUUGUAGUAGUGUAAACAUGCUGUUCCAGUCUGUUGGGAAGUACUUGUCAACUCAUGAUCACAGCUAGGAAUACUUUCCUAGAUUUAUUCACUUAUUUAGGGAAAUAACUUCUUCAAAUGCAUUUGCAGUCUGUUGUUUCUGCCAUGCUUUUGUACCACAAAAAUUGUAGUUGGAGAAUCCAAGCUGAGUGGGCCAGAUUCAAUACCUACCUCAUAUGAAGCCAUUGGAUGAAGAAUACUCAGUGUUGAUGACAUGCCACUGUGUGGGAAAACUGUUAAGGUUUUACUGAAAUCCCACGUGAGAGGGUAAUACCCUUAUAUACUUGAACAUGUAAAUGUAGAUUUCAAACCUUAAUUUUUUUAUUGCAAAAUUGGUGUAAAACUAUAUUAAGAGAACUUUUAUUUUUUUAGAUGCUUAAAUGAUUUGCUCUUACUUCAGUAUCUAAAAUCAGGGUGGAAGGAUAUGUAAAUUUAGGUUAAUGCUACUUACAUAGCUUAUGUUAGGCUUACUGUGUUUCAGAGCAUUAGGAGAUCUUCAGAAUUAAACGAUGUAGAAGAGAGGGCAGUAUGAAUUUAAGUAUGUGUUUGUUUUUUUAAUGCAGUUUUACUCAAGGGAAUAGAGCUUUUGUCCACUCAAAACACGAUGUCUAAAUAUGCUGAGGUACAGGUAUAAAACUUCAUCCAAAACAUCCAACCCAUCUUGAUUAGAUUAUUUACCUCUCUGUUGCAUACAUUGCUGAACCUAUUUAAACAAUAUUGUACAAAAACAUCCUGCUGUAGUUUAAAAUAGUACAUGGUUUAGAAUGUGCAUACUCAAGCUUUACUUUGACAAGAUGCUUGCCUUAAAUCUCUUUCCAAACUCUACAGUCACAUUAAUAUAAUUACUUCAAAUCAGCUUGCAUUUGGUUUUAUGUAUGAACAUGCAAAAUCUCCCAUCAUUGUUUACAGUGUACAAUAUAAAUAAAGUUUAAGAUCAGUUUCUUUUCACAAGUCAAA